CUCGGUGCUGGAAGUUGUUCUGGACGCUGUCUGGGGUGAAUAUCGAUGUGUUUUUGUGGAGUCUCCGUCCUGACACGCUCGCUGGGAUCGUAAAACCUCGGACAGGCUGCUCAGCUCUGUGAACCCGUAUCCGCAGAGCCGCACAGAUGGGUGACCAGGAGAAGAGCCCCGACGGAGUGACAUACUACAGACUGUCAGAGAUAGAGGCGCAGAACUCCUUCAAGUCGACGUGGAUCAUCAUCCACAACAAAGUCUACGAUGUGACCAAGUUUCUGGAGGAGCACCCAGGAGGAGAGGAGGUGCUGAGGGAGCAGGCGGGAGGAAACGCCACGGAGAGCUUCGAGGACGUCGGACACUCCACCGACGCCCGAGAGAUGGCCAGCAGCUUGAUGAUCGGGGAGGUGCACCCGGAUGACAGACACAAACUCUCCCAGCCUGUGGAGACGCUGGUGACCACUGUGAAGGAAGAGGCCAGCUGGUGGUCUAACUUGCUGAUCCCCGCUCUGGUCGCGCUCAUCGUCACGCUGAUGUACCACAUGUACUCCUCAGAGUGAUGUCAUCAUAAUGCACAAUGCUGUGAUGUCACCAGCGGGCACUAGUCACAUUUCCCGACUUCUGAUUGACAGCCAAUAGCAAUGAGAGGUUGCUGUGGCUCCUCCCAGCAUAGGGGGGGUGUUUUUAGAGCAGACGAGCAGCGGCUGCGGCCCGACCCCCACCCGAUCAAAUCGACACACCCCCGAGGAGCGCGUCUGUUCUAGGAUCACUAACUCUAUGCCUGUAAUGACCUGUAAUUCAUUUCAUCUUGUUUAAACCAACCAAUCACGUGGCAUUAUGUUAAUGAAUGAAUUUACGAUAUUGAAUUGCUCUGAAAUUGUGUAGAAAUGCAGUGGAUGUAUAAUUUGUUGUAACUUUUUAUAUCUUUGUAACUGAAUGUAAAUGACAUUUUUAAGCAUGCACUGAGCAGCUAACGGUGCGUCAUGUGACUGCGCUCGUAUCAUCCCUGACACUCACCUGACAAAGUGGACCUAUUCUGCUCAUUUCCAGCUUUGUAUCUUUCUUUCCUCUUGGCCUGCACUACAGCUUUGCAUGAUUCACAGGUGGCAAUAAAAGAAGAGCAUCUAAAAAUGUGAACGAAGCCUCUGUCAUGCUGCCCCCUGUUGGUGACAGUUUCAGGUAAAAUUGGCUGUUUAAAGAGUGCCUUUGAGCCAGCUUUAUUGUGAUUGGCUGCAGAAGGUUUGAACAACAGGUGGGUGGGGCUUCUGUGCCUGAGAUGACCAUAUAAGGGAAAUGCCUUCCAGCUGGCAUCAUAGAAACCAAGAGUAGAAAAAACUGUAGGAAACACAGCGUGUAGAGCAGACUUUGGCUCUCAGGAGUAACCUGCACGUCCUCUGACCUCAUCAGUCCUCAUUAGUGUGAGACGGAGGACGAGGAAAAGCAGAAUAAGUCCACUCGCUGCUCUGAGAAUGACUGAAGUGUAAUAGUGAACCAGCAGAGUCCAUUUGUGGAUGUUCAUCUUGAACCUGCAGGUGCCUUUGAAAUGAUACAACUUUAAAUAUCAGCAUGUUUGAUAUCUCCAGAUUGCUGCUUUGGAUGAAUUAUUGAAAGCUCUGAUCAGACAAACUGAGAGGCGGCUUUGUGUCUGCUUGAAUGCUUUUACAUUCCUGAAGUGUUGAAGUGAUCCUAUCAUUGAGAAGGGAAAGAGUGGAAAAUAAAACAUGUUAUCUGCCAUCCAA